AUGUCAGGGGAUAGUUCUGGAUCCAAUGGUACCAGGUACGAUGGGCUACAUGCACUGACGUUUGAAGAUUCCGGAAUCAAAGCGAUUCCCAGCGAAAAACAGCCACAAUUGGUACUUUCGUGGCUUUCUGACGUCAUUGGCGAGCUCAAGAAAUACGACCGAACCACUCUUACCGGCGACCACCAGCGGUUUGUGGCUACAGAAUUGGGUUUUCUAAUUGAUUUUAUUGUCAAAUCGAAAGAAGAAAAAGAACAACUGACCACAAAGGCCAUUCGAACGGCCAUCGCCAAAACAUACGAGAUCAUCUACAGCGCGAAUGCCAGCACAGAGCUCUACGAAACUACGAACAAACUGCUGGCUCAUGUCAAUGCUGGCAAAUCUGACAAGUACACCGAGCUCAAACAGUAA